CAGCCUCCAGUAGAGAUCGGAGUGACAAUGAAGGCCUUUAUCGUUCUAGCACUGUGUGUGGCGUCGGCUUUUGCCGGUCCCGAAGAGGACCUCUGGCUGAAGUUCAACAAGGUUCGCCCUGCUGACUUGGAAGGCUACGAGGUUCCAGAGUUCGAGGGCAGAAUUGUUGGAGGAAACGAAGUCAGCAUUGCCAACUUCCCGUACCAAUUGUCCCUUCGCCACAAUGGAAACCACAUUUGCGGUGCCUCUGUUAUCUCCUCCACCUGGGCCUUGUCUGCUGCUCACUGUACCGUUUCUCCAGUUUCCGCUGGAUCCGCUACUCUGCGUGGAGGAAGUGCUAGCCGUCUGGCCGGAGGAGUCAUCUUCGCUGUUGCUCAGAUCGUGAACCAUCCCCAGUACAACUCCAACAACUUAAACAACGAUGUGUCGGUUCUGCGAACGACCACUUCGUUCGUUGGAGCUAACAUCUCGCCGAUCACCAUUGUCCCAAGUGGAACCAACUUCGCCGGUGGCACCCGCUCGGUUGUUUCCGGAUGGGGUCUGACCACUCCUGGAGGAUCUCUACCAACCAACCUGCGCGCUGUGGACAUUCCCGUCGUUACCAUUGCCACUUGCCGCAGCCAGUGGGGAACCGCCGCGAUCACCGACAACAUGGUUUGCGCCGGAGAGCCAGGACGUGACUCCUGCAACGGCGACAGUGGUGGCCCACUUGUCACUGGAGGACGCCAGUUCGGUAUUGUGUCGUGGGGUGCAACCCAGUGCGGAGGCCCUCUUGCUGGCGUUUAUGCUAACAUUGGUGCUGCUAGCGUCCGCAACUUCAUCAGCGCGAACACCGGUGUGUAAAUGGAAAUCUUUUAAAUAAAUCAAUAGUUAGCAAGAACGGUUAUCUGUA